AUGUCUUCAAAGAAAAAAGAUCAACCUUGUGGAGCUGAUAACAGAAAAAAGAGAAAAAUGAAAGAUGACCAAGCAAAAUCUCAAGAGAACGCUUUAUUCAGGUACUUCAAAAAACUUGCAACUUCUGAUGGAUUUGUAGAAAAUAAUGAUACAGAACAUGUGGUUCUUGGAGAUAAUGGAGUGGAUGAGAAUAUAAAUGAGUAUCAAAGAGAAGAAGCAAGUGUUGAACUAGAAGAUGUCAAUGCAGUGAAUGAAGAAGAUGAUGUGAAUAAGAAUGAACAUCAGAAGAGUGAUAAUCUGAGGGAGUCUUGUGGAUUUUUUGACAUAUAUGAUCCUGGAAAUUGGGAAAACAUCAAAAAGGGAUGGAAUGAGUGGAGGGAUUUUAUGGUUGUACAAGGUCCAUCAAAAAGACUGCCACUUGAUCAUAAUUUUCCCAAAGAUAGUCUUAAGAGACAUUUUUCACAUUUGCAUUAUACAAGAGAGAUGGGUGAUGGAACAAAAAAAGAUCGACGUUGGCUAGUUUACUCUAAGUCUUUGAACAAGAUCUUUUGUUUUUGUUGUAAAUUGUUCAAUCACAGUGACAAUAGUCAAUUGGCAUCUACGGGCUUUAGUGAUUGGAGGAAUGUUAUGAGAAGGCUCAAAGAACAUGAAUCUAGUCGUGAACACAUUUUGUGUAUGAAACAGUGGGCUGAACUAGAUCUCAGGCUGCAAAAGAAUCAGAUCAUUGACAAAUAUGCUCAAUAUGAACUCAACAAAGAGAAAAUUCAUUGGAGACAAGUGUUGCUUAGGAUUAUUAUUGUGGUGAAAACGCUUGCUAAACAAAAUUUAGCGUUUCGGGGAAGCAACGAGAAAAUUGGAAAAGAAGGUUGUGGGAAUUUUUUAAGUUUUAUAGAGAUGAUUGCUGAUUUUAAUCCUGUGAUGAUUGAGCAUCUAAGAAGAUAUAAAGAGGGUGUAUCUCGUAAUCAUUAUCUCAGCAACAGAAUUCAGAAUGAGUUAAUAGCUUUGUUAGCCAAUGAGAUCAAAGGUCUGAUUGUCAAAAAAAUUCAAAGUGCAAAGUACUUCUCUGUGAUUCUUGACUGCACUCCAGAUAUUAGUCAUCAUGAACAAAUGACUGUCAUCAUUCGAUGUGUAGAUGUUUCAACAACUUCAACGAGGAUCGAAGAAUAUUUUUUAACGUUCUUAAAAGUUGAUGAUACAUAUGGUGAAAGACUUUUUCUUAAGUUUCAAGCUGUUUUGGCUGCUUUUGAUUUAAAAAUUGAUGAUGUGAGGGGACAGGGUUAUGAAAAUGGCUCUAAUAUGAAGGGAAAGCAUAAGGGAGUACAAAAAAGAUUUCUUGAUAUAAAUCCCAGGGCGUUUUAUACACCAUGUAGUUGUCACAGUUUGAAUCUUGCACUUUGUGAUAUGGCAACCAUUUCUCCAAAGGCAAUCUCAUUUUUUGGGAUUAUUCAGCGUACUUAUAACUUCUUUUCAUGUUCAGUUAAGCGGUGGAAAAUAUUUGAAGAUCACGUGGAUAGCCUUACAUUUAAGGCUUUAUCACACACUCGCUGGGAGAGCCAUGUGGAAAGUGUUAAGGCAAUACGGUUUCAGGCUCCUAAAAUCAUGAAUGCGUUAGUGUACAUUGCUGAAAAUAGUGAUGACCCGAAAGAGCAGAGCGAAGCUGAAUGUCUUGCAAUAAGUGAAACACAUGGAAUUGGAAGUUUUGAGUUCUUAGUUUCCAUGGUUAUUUGGUAUAAUCUUUUAUCUGUUGUUAACAUUGUGAGCAAGAGUUUGCAGUCAGAAAACAUGAACAUUGAUGUAGCUAUUUCUCAACUGAAGGGGCUGGUUUCUCAUUUUAAAAAAUAUAGAGAGUCAGGCUUUGAGAAAGCAAAAGUAGAAGCUAAAGAAAUUGCAGAAUCUUUGGAGAUUGAUCUUGUAUUUCCUAGAAAAGCAAAGCGGGUGAUUAGAAGAAAAAGACAUUAUGGUGAAGAAUCAGAGAAUGUCGAGGGAAGUGUGACAUUAUCACCUGAGGAGAGCUUUAGGAUUGACUACUUCAUCCAAAUCAUGGAUCAAGCUCUCUACUCACUUGAGACCAAAUUUGAGCAAUUUCAGAGGUACGAACAAAUAUUCGGUUUUUUGUUUGAUUUGGAAAAAUUGCAAUCAGCGAGUGAUGAUAGUUUGAUGGUUUCUUGUGCUAAUCUUGAAGAUAAUCUAACUCACGAAAAUCAGUCAGAUAUUGUUGGUAAUGAUCUUUUCUAUGAACUUAAAGUUCUAAGAGAAGCGUUACCAAAAGAGAUUAAAAGGCCUAUUGAAGUAUUAGACUUUUUGAACAGAGUUGAAGAUUGUUAUCCAAACACGUGCAUCGCUUAUCGAAUAUUGUUGACGAUCCCAGUUUCGGUUGCAACUGCUGAAAGGAGUUUUUCAAAGCUGAAGUUGAUCAAAUCAUAUCUUCGUUCGAGUAUGUCUCAAGAAAGAUUGAGUGACUUAGCUAUUUUAUCCAUCGAAAGAGAAUUGGUUAGAGAUGUUGAUUUCGAAAGCUUGGUUCACGAUUUCGUGGAGAAAAAGGGAAAACAAAUGUUCAAGAAUUAG